CACACACACACACAAACACUUUAAUUUGCAAAUUGCAUCUUUUCUUUCUCUUCAGAAAUCUCUCUCUCUUUGAUAUCAAAAAAAAGGUUUAUGAAGUGAAGAAGAAAUGGCUGGUCCCUUUGUUGCUACUAAGGUUGGAAGGGUUAGAAAAGUUGACCAAAAGAAGGGAAAAAACACCAACAACAACAAACGUGUGAAACGUGGAGAAAAUUCUGGAAUUUGGAAGAAACUCAAGGUUUUAUUUACUUGCAUGUCCAAAGCUGAAAGAUCCUCUCGUAUAAAGAAAAACAUAGAUGAUGAGAUGCUUAGUGUUGGUGGUCCAAAAUCACAAAGAAAGAGUAACUCAAGAAUCUCAAGAUCACUAAUUCAAAGUGAAAUAAAUAACUAUUCUCACCUAAAACAAUACACAUAUCGUGAAUUAGUGAUAGCAACAAGAAAUUUCAGAAGAGAGUAUUUUCUUGGUGAAGGAGGGUUUGGAACAGUGUUCAAAGGUUGGAUAAAUCGUGAUGAUAACUCCCCUUCAAGACCUGGAUUAGGGCUACCAGUUGCUGUCAAGACUCUCAAUAGGGAAGGCUCUCAAGGGCAUAAGGAAUGGAUGGCUGAAGUUAAGCAUCUAGGUGCCCUCCAACAUCCAAAUUUGGUUAAACUUUUUGGUUAUUGCAUUGAAAGAGAACAUAGGCUUCUUGUUUAUGAAUUUCUACCUAGAGGGAGCCUAGAAAAUCAUCUUUUUAAGAGAUUAGCUAGACCUCUUCCAUGGGCUGUGAGAAUGAAAAUUAUGCUUGGUGCUGCAAAAGGGCUUGCAUUUCUACAUGAAGAAGCUAAAAAGCCACUAAUCUAUAGAGACUUCAAAACUUCUAAUAUCCUUUUGGAUGGGGAAUAUAAUGCAAAACUUUCUGAUUUUGGACUUGCCAAAGAUGCUCCAGAUGGAGACAAGACUCAUGUGUCAACUCAAGUGAUGGGAACACAAGGAUAUGCAGCUCCUGAGUAUGUAAUGACAGGACACCUUACAUCAAAGAGCGAUGUGUAUAGCUUCGGCGUGGUUCUUCUAGAGGUGUUAACGGGGCGAAAAGCCAUGGAUAAAAGGCUGGCGCAUAGAGAGCAAAGUCUAGUGGAAUGGGCAAAACCAUACUUAAAAUCUAGAGGAGGAUUCUAUCAAUUAAUGGACCCAAGACUUGAAGGACAAUACUCAGCAAGAGGUGCAUACAAAGCAACAAAGAUAGUUACACAUUGUCUUUACCGUGACCAAAAAGCAAGACCUUUAAUGAGUGAAAUUGUUAAGCUUCUCAAAAGACUUCCUGAUUACAAUAAUGACAUGCCUUGUUCGCCGUUACCACCACCACCAUUAUUGUCUAAAGACUUGCAAGUUGGUCCGUCAUCUUCUAGUUCUUCUAGACAUGGAGGUGGUGGUGGCAAUGGUACUAAUAAAUAUGAUCUCAAAGUUUGUUCGUCAUCUUCAGCUUCAUCUACAAUGAGUACUCCAACUCAAUUUUAUGCUUCUCCCUUGAAGUGUACUCCCCAUUUUCUUUCACCAAAUUCUUGUGGUGGAAAUCCAUGAGAUGUUUCAUGUGAUAUGCAUGAAUCAUAAUCUUAUCUUAGACUUUGGGAUUAUGAUAUUGUUUAAGUAGUGACUUUUUUAAAACCAAAACUUAAUUAUCUUUUAUGGUUUUCUGGACCAACUUUUAUAGCCUUUAAUUCUAGGCUUUUAUCAUUUGUUUAGGUUUUGAAUCAUGAGACAAAUUGUGAGGUUGAUGGAGUUUUCAUUGCUUCAUGUUGGUUUAUUUGAUUUUAAGACUAUAUGAAUUGUUUUAGUUUCUUAA